AACCCAGGCUCGCCGUGGACCGACCAAGAGACUGCCCACUUGAUCGAUGCCUACGAGGAGAGAUGGAACUCUCUGAAACGCGGCCAGCUCAAGGCUCAACAAUGGGAAGAGGUCGCAGCCGAGGUUGCCGCUCGAUGCGGCUUUACAGUUCCCUCCAAAACCGGCACGCAGUGUCGUCAUAAGAUCGAGAAGCUCCGAAAGCGCUAUCGCUCCGAGCGUCUGCGGCCAGUGAGAUCCUCUUGGACCUUCUUUGGCCGGAUCGAUCGGAUGGAGCGCGGAUCGGCACCUAUCUCUGCGCUGCCGGCCUCCUCUGAUGAGGAUGAGGAUUCCGCAGAGCCGCGCGGGAGCAAUACGCGGAGCAUUAAUGGAAUCCUGCGGGAGGCCGCGCCGUGGGAAGAUUCUAGAGGUUCGAGAAGUCUAGGGAAGCGGAAGAGACUACCUGCAGAUGAGGAGGAAGACGAUGAUGAUGAGAAUGAUGUGGAAGAUGGCGGUGAUGUCGGCGAGAUGGCGGCGGAGUUGAGGAGGUUUGGGGAGGGUUAUGUAAGGAUGGAGAGGAGGAGGAUGGAUGUUAUGAGGGAGUUGGAGCGGGAGUGGAUGGAGAUGGAGGUGAAAAGGAUGGAGAUGAUCAUGGAAGCCCAGCGGGGACUUAUGGAGACCAUUGCAGGGGCGUUCUCGAAGAAGGCGAAGAAUUCGUCGGAUAUGUAAGCGCAAAGGUAAUCUAUGCCGCCUUCAACGCUCCAUCGUGCUCUGGUUUUUUUUUAUUUGAGUUAAAUAAGCACUGUUUGACGAGGAGAUUUGUUCAUUAUACUCUCCAAGUCGGCAUUUUUUUCGCGUUUGAGUUUUUUUUUGGUUACUUUAUGAACUAUUUUUUAAAUGGGCAAUUUUAAGCAUGGGAUAAUUUUCUCAGA